UAAAGGAAAUGAAGAUGGAGAGACAGUUAUUGUUGAAAAAGACCAUUUUAUGGAUGAGUUUUUCCAACAGGUUGAGGAACUUAGAAAUAAUAUAGCAAAAAUAGCACAAAAUGUGGAAGAAGUGAAGAAGCAGCACAGCAUUAUCCUGUCAGCACCAAAUCCUGAAGGAAGAACAAAGGAAGAACUUGAAGAAUUAAAUGAGGAAAUAAAGAGGAUUGCUAAUAAAGUCCGAGCCAGGUUAAAGGCUAUUGAACAAAGUUUUGAUCAGGGCGAAAAUGCUAAUCGGACAUCAGUGGAUCUCAGGAUAAGAAAAACACAGCACUCUGUAUUAGCUCACAAGUUUGUGGAGGUCAUGACGGAAUACAACGAGACCCAAACUCUUUUUCGAGAACGCAGCAAAGGUCGGAUACAGAGACAAUUAGAGAUAACUGGAAAGACCACCACUGAUGAGGAACUGGAAGAAAUGUUAGAAAGUGGUAAUCCUUCAAUUUUCACUUCUGAUAUUAUAUCAGACUCUCAAAUAACUAGGCAAGCUCUGAAUGAAAUUGAGUCACGUCACAAGGAUAUCAUGAAACUGGAAUCUAGCAUACGGGAACUACAUGAAAUGUUUAUGGACAUGGCAAUGUUUGUUGAGACUCAGGGUGAAAUGAUCAACAACAUAGAAAAGAACGUGAUGAAUGCAUCAGAUUACGUGGAACAUGCAAAAGAAGAGACAAAAAAGGCAGUUAAAUAUCAAAGUAAAGCACGAAGGAAAUUGAUGUUCAUAAUUAUAUGUGUAACUAUAUUGCUUCUGAUACUUGGAAUUAUCCUAGCAACAACACUAUCAUAGCAAGCACAUUCCAAGAGUUACGAACCUGCAGAAACUCCAAAAUAUAUCUUCAGUAAAACCAAACCUUUUUUAAUAAAUGAUGCCUUACGCUGUUCCAUGAUGAUGACCUACAACUACUGGUUAAAAAUUAAAACAAAAGUCACUCUUAAUGUUUACUCAUAAAUGAAGAUCACUGUGUAUUAGGAUAUGUAUGGGUUUUCAUCAUAAACUACACAUUUGUAAGACUGAAACUUGCUCUUAAUUAUUCUGAACGAAAGGAUUUUUUUCGUAUCUCAGUGUUAACAAACAGUUUAAUAGGGAGUUGAGAGAUAUGAGUUUUGACUGUUUGGCUUUUUUUUUCCCCAUUGCUAAUAUAAUUCUAACUACGAAUUUUAGUACCAUACCAGUGCUGCUUUUGUUA